AUGGCCGGCCACACCUCACUCUGGUGGCCCGAAGAGAGAAUUAAAGCCGCGCUCGACACAAAGUUCAUCAUCAGCCGCCUGCGACCGGAGAAUGUACCCCGGCUCUUCGACCUGCCGCGCUGGGGCGAGGGUCUCACCAGCGAGACCUACAUGGAAUGGAUCCUGCUGAAAGCAGGACGUUUGUUCCUCAUUCUCGACGACAUCGGCAUCCCCGAUCGCAUCUUUGCGCUCGUCGACGAGUCUCACGACGACGAUGAUCUCCCCAUGGCCGAGCAAAAUAUCGAUCUCCUCGUCCUCUCGCCGUAUGGCAAUGACCCGGCGCUCGAUGCGAGCUUUUUCAAUACACAGUGGCGCUUUCUGGUCAGGGGGAUUGCUGAGGGCGAGCAUGUUACCUACACGGAGAACGAAGGUGUCCCGGUGGAGGUGGCGAGGGCCACAACGAGCAGUGGUGUGCAGGGGAGAGACGAGACGGUCGAUAAAGUCAUUCUGGCCGGCACAGUCUGUCGAGUCUUCCUACGGACCCAAGUCCAAAUCGGCGGCGCACCACACUUCUUCUCAUCAGACGAAGUCCUCGCCGAGAUCCGGGCACUGAGAAAACUCGCGCAUCAACAUCUCGUCUCCAUCUACGCUUCGUACUUUGUGGACGACACAGUCUGCGUCUUGUUCACUGGCGCCGAAACGGAUAGAACCCUGCACAGCUUCUUGACCGACGAGCCGCCGUCUUUUAAGCGGUUAUCAAAAGAGCAACGUCGACACACCCUCAUCACCUGGCCUCACUGCUUAGCCUCUGCAUUGUCCUGGCUACACGCCCGCGGCCAUGCGCAUACCGCCAUCCGACCCUCAAACAUCCUAGUCGACCCCAACUACAAUAUAUUACUCGGCCAAUUCCAAGCCCUCGACUCACUCCUCGCACCACCACGAGUCAACGACCUCGAAUCAUACCAAUACUCCGCCGCAGAACGCUGGGUCCACAAAGCAGCAACGCCAGUCUAUCCACCACCCCAACCUCCGGCACAAAGCCAAAUCAUCCUCCCCUCCGGCGGCCGCACCGGACGGAGGAAGAAACCCUCAAAACUAGCUCUCGCCCCUCUGAAUGAAAGCCCACCUUCCUCACCAAACGACCCACGCCCCGACUCCGCCGCCUCCAAAGGAACAGUCAUCCGAAUCGGCCUCCCCGGCUCACCAUCCCGCUUCUCCUUCGCCCUCUCAUCAUCCUCUUCCUCCUCCUCAACCUCAACCUCCUCCUUCAGACACCGCAAUCUCCACUGGGUCAAGAAAUCACUAAACCUCAUCCCUACACCCUCAACUACAUCCAACAUCUCUUCCUCCUCAUCUUCGUCCGCCUCAACAACCUCCCUCAUCUCCCCACCCCCUCAACCCCCCACACAACCCACCAAUGGCAAAACUCCCAAGCAACCCAAUUCCCCUCAGACAUCUUCUCCCUUGCCGCAAUAA